UUAAUAGUGUGAAGGGUGUGCGGGUGUGUGUGUGUGUGUGUUCUGUGUGGGACACGUUUGUACGAACACCAGCUCUCUUCAGCACACCCAAGUACAGUGCGGCUCACCUCUCAGGCUGCAAUGCAUACAGCAGCCAAACUAAUGCUGCUCUGCCUGACCUGGGGAGCUCUGCCCCAGGCCCGCUGUUGGCUAAACUGGUUCGGGAGCAAGUCAACCCCGACGGUGCCCACGGUCACAACACGGAGGGUCACCCCGACUUCAGAGGGCCACACCCCACCGGGAAGUUCAACCCCAGUCCAGAGUGGAGCGGUCGUCACAGCAACGGCUCGGAUUACUGCAGGAGGAGGUGCGGCAACCGGCUCUGGGCAGUGGGUGGACAAGAUGAAGGAAAAGGGGGCAACCACCUUGCCCAACAGUGCCCAGGCAGCACCAGGUGGGGGCGACCUCACCAUGGCGACACUCAAUGCCCGGGACUUGCUGCAGACCCAGGACGGCCCGUUGAAUUCCACAUCCCGACUAGAUACACAGCCAGCGGCGUCCGUUGCAGGGCAGACGGCGGGAGAAGAUUCUGGAAUGGCGACCCCGUCUCCGGCCCUCACCAGCAUGACACAGGGGCCUACUGCGACCGGCGGUGGUGCCUGGAUACAGCGUUCGGUGAUGACGGUUGAGCCCACGGGCCGGGCCUUGACGACAGAGGAGGCAUCGUCACCUUUCUCUCCCUCUUCCUCCUCCUCCCCACUAUCGCCCUCGCCAACUCCUCCCUCCCUGUCACCCAACGCCUCCUCAACCUCCACCACCUCACCCCUGGCACUAGCGGCCCCUCACCACCGCCGGGAGUCGGUCAGCGUCCCCACGGCCGGCCCCUCCCUGAAGCCUCCCUGCGGACCCCACUGUCCAGAUAAGGACCAUUCUGUGUCUCUGCUACAGUUGCUGGGAGAUCCCGCUCCUGAGCAGGUCACUGUGGAGUACGGACCCGACCAAAACCCAGUGUACAAGUUUGGCCCCAACGUCAACACCGGGCAGCUGGCCCGAGCCUACUUCAGAAGCCCCUUCUUCCGUGACUUUGCGUUGCUCUUCACCAUCAAACCAACAUCACCCAAGAGUGGUGUGCUCUUUGCGAUCACCGAUGCCAGUCAAACUGUCAUCUACAUUGGAGUUAAGCUGUCGGAGGUCCAGGGUGCGUCACAGGACAUCAUUUUCUAUUACACAGAGCCUGGCUUCCAGCAGUCCAACGAGGCUGCACGGUUCAGGGUGAGCAGUUUAACCAACAGAUGGGUCAAGAUCGCCAUUGCUGUGGUAGGCGAGGCAAUUAGCCUGUACCUGGACUGCGAGCUGCAUGGCACCGAGUACUUUGAAAGGUCUCCGGACGAGAUGGAGAUUGAUCCGUCCUCUGGAGUCUUUGUCGCUUUGGCGGGUGGCGCGGAUCCUGAUAACUUCCUGGGUUUCAUCGCGGAUCUGAAGGUAAAGAAGGAUCCCUGGGAGGCGCGGCUUUACUGUGACGAAGAUGAUGAUGGUGAGGCUUCGGGAGAUUAUGGGAGUGGAUAUGGAAGAGGAACUCAAGCGGUCACACCUCCUUCACAUCGUCUCCCAGAUCGCUCACCGGUGCAGCCCCCUCCCAUCACUAUCGAUCGGCUGCACACCAGCCUGGAGAGCACACCCCUCAGACCAGGAGGGAGGGUUCACAGUGGCCCAAAAGGAGACAGCAGCAGCACUGUUUUUGGGGCAGCCGCCAAAGGAGAGAAGGGUGACAAAGGGGAUCCAGGCGAAAAGGGCACAGCCGGAUUCGGUUACCGUGGUCCGAAAGGGGAGAAAGGAUCGCCGGGCAUCCAGGGGCCCCCAGGUCCUCCGGGAUCUGCCGCUCCCACGGGGCAGGAACGUGGUGACGGCGUGGCAGUGGAGCGAGUGGUCGGCGUCGAGGGACCGCCGGGACCUCCCGGACCCCCCGGGAGAGAUGGUGAGCCGGGUGAUCCCGGCGAAGACGGCAAGAGGGGCGAGGUCGGUCCUCAAGGAUUCCCAGGGACCCCUGGCGAUCGUGGAGCUAAAGGCGAUAAGGGUGACUCAGGGAUUGGACCCCCAGGACCGAGAGGACCCCCUGGACUGCCUGGCCCACCUUGUACACCAGGCCCACCGGCUGCAAUCACCAGGAUGGACAAACUGACCUUUCUCGAUAUGGAAGGUUCCGGAUUCGAUGGCAACCUGGAAAUGUUUCGGGGAAUGCCUGGACCUCCUGGGCCACCUGGACUUCCUGGUCUCCCCGGCCGGCCAGGAAUCUUUGGUGUGAACGGCACUGCCACCCCCGGACCACCGGGUCCGCCUGGGACCCCGGGAGCAGAUGGGAGGCCUGGUCCCUCUGGGCCGAUGGGACCUCCGGGGCUACCUGGACAAGAUGGCCGACCGGGACUGCCUGGGGAGAAGGGACUGCAGGGCGAACCUGGUGACCUAGGACUCCCAGGAGCUCAGGGGCCUAAGGGAUCACCGGGGCAAGCCGGGAGUCCUGGUCAGCCUGGCCUAGCCGGGUUGCCAGGGCCAAUAGGACCCCGAGGACCUCCUGGUCCUCCUGGACCAUCGGCAACAGUUCUCCGCGCUGGCUUUGAGGACGCAGAGGGAUCCGCACUUCCCAUCGUGACGGGGUUGCCGGGGGAACGGGGGCCGGAGGGCACUCAGGGGAUCCCGGGGGAGCCUGGUCUUCCUGGAGUGCCUGGUUUGAAGGGUGAGCCAGGAAUACCUGGAGAGCCGGGAUUGCAGGGACCUCAAGGAUAUCCCGGAGAAAUCGGGUUAACAGGACCACCUGGCCCUCAGGGUCCAAAGGGAGCCCAGGGAGAUCCAGGGAUGAAGGGCGAGCCGGGCAGAGAUGGUGUCGGAUUGCCAGGUCCUCCUGGUCCCCCUGGAAUCGCCUACAGUGGUGGCAGUGCAGCUGACGGUGUUACAUUUGUGCCUGGUCCACAGGGUCCAAGGGGCAUUCCUGGCCAAGCUGGAUUGCCAGGUCCCAGUGGACCGAAAGGUGAACGAGGAUCCCCGGGUAUCGCAGGACCAGCAGGGCCGAAGGGUGAUAGGGGAGAGCCUGGUUUCAUCAUUAGCCCCGAUGGAACCCCGUUGAAUAGUCUGCUUGCUAGCAGCGUUGGAGGAAAGGGCGAUCCUGGCAUUCCAGGAGCUAUUGGCCCACAGGGCUUGCCGGGAUACCCAGGUCAAAAAGGUGAAAUCGGGCUACCAGGAAGACCGGGCCGGCCUGGUAUAAAUGGGCUGAAAGGUGAGAAGGGUGAGCCGGGAGAUUUCAGCGGUGGUUUUGGAUACCGGAAUAUUCCAGGGCCACCCGGUCCACCAGGACCUCCCGGACCACCUGGUAUACCAGCAUCUGCCUUUAGUGAUCACGUGUUCAGGGGAGCAGCUGAAGGAUUCCCUGGAAUACUUGGACCAACAGGUCCUAAAGGAGACCGUGGUAGCCCAGGGUAUGCAGGCCCCCCAGGAGAGAAAGGGGAUAUCGGCGACCCCGGGCCUCCUGGCCCACCAGGACACAUCCCAUAUGACGCAUUUGACUUCACCUCAUCUCUCAGAGGUGCGAAAGGAGAUAAGGGUGAAGUGGGGCAGAAAGGAGAGAAGGGCGCACCGGGAGAUGGCUAUGGUUCCAGUGUAGUGGGGCCCCAGGGUCACCCUGGGCCUCCAGGACGACCAGGUCUUCAGGGACCAAAAGGAGACAGUAUUGUUGGACCCAGAGGAUUACCAGGCAACACGGGACCCCCUGGUUAUGGAUAUCCAGGUGUCCCUGGACCCCCUGGACUCCCAGGGCCUCCUGGCCCCCCUGGAGUACCUGCUUCAGGACAUCACAGAACAAGCAUCGUAGGACCACCAGGUCCCCCUGGCCCUCCUGGCUCUGCUUCAGCUUCAGGGGUUACAGUGCUGCAGACCUAUCAGACAAUGCUGAGUAUUUCUCGCAGCCUGCAUGAGGGAACAUUAGCUUAUGUCAUGGAACGUGGAGACCUGUAUAUCCGAGUCCGGGAUGGCUGGCGGCAGGUUUAUCUGGGAGAAUACAUUCCAUAUCAUGGUGCUGGAGUAAAUGGAAACAACGUGGAAGCGGUGGGAUCUCCGCCCGUGGUGCAGUACUCGACAGAUGGCCAAUCCACGCCGAACGUGGAAGCAGCAGCGGUGGCGUCUCCAGAGAGCCCGCGGGGCCCCGACCACCAGCGGCCAGCCCGCCGCCGUCCAGAGGCACCGCAGACCGGCCACCAGCAACGCCAGCCCGUACCAAGAUGGCUGACGACUGCCGCCCCGCCCCGCUCGGUGGCUCCUCCUCAUCCUCCUCCACGGCACGGCCACCACGGCAUCUCCCGCCGACCCCACGUGCCCAUCUCUGGCCAUGCCGAGAGCCUCCACGGAGUCCCAAUGCUUCACCUCAUGGCUCUCAACACCCCACUGACCGGCAACAUGCAGGGCAUCCGAGGGGUCGACUUCCAAUGUUUCCAGCAGGCCCGGGGGGUGGGCCUGAUGGGAACAUUCAGAGGCUUCCUCUCGUCCAAGCUCCAGGACCUGUACAGUGUGGUGCGGCGAGCUGACAGGCACUCGGUGCCCAUCGUAAACAGUAAGGGACAGGUGCUGUUUGAUAGUUGGAGUUCGCUGUUCUCUGGAUCCCAGGCUCGCAUCAAAUCCAACACCCCGAUCUAUUCCUUCGACGGGAGAGAUGUGCUCCAAGACCAUGCCUGGCCUGAGAAACUCAUCUGGCACGGGUCAGACUCCAGAGGCCGCCGUCUCUCGCAGAGUUACUGUGAGGCCUGGAGGGAGUCCCAGGACGACAAGGUGGGCAUGGCCUCCUCCCUGCUGAGCGGCUAUCUUCUGGAGCAGAGGCCUAGCCCCUGUUCCAACUCCUUCAUCAUCUUGUGCAUUGAGAACAGCUACCUGCCUCACACCCGAAAGUAAACUAGUCCCUCUCGCCACCGCUGGAGAACACUGGUCACCCUCAAUGCCCAGGCGAUGACGGUUUUUUUUUAUUAUUUGUUAAAUGUACAGUUGUAAUUUUUCGAAACGAUUUGAGAAGAGUAAAAUGGAAGAGAAGGAAAGGCCAAAGAGAUCAGUUUUGAGUAAAUGAUUGCGAUGAUGUCGCUCACGAUGAUGACCCAGUGUACACUGGGAAGGGCCUGGAGGCACCUCAGCUAAUGCAGAUCUCCACCGUGUACAUGUAACGUUUAAUAUUUGUAUAUGAAAAAUCUGUGCGUGCAAAUGUUUUGUUUUAUUUGCUUACUUCCGAAAGUUAAUCUUUGCUUCCCCGGAUUCCCCUGUAGUUUGCUCUUUCCUUUCCUGUUGUUAUCAUUCAAAACGUGUUUCUUUUUUUCCCUCCCAAAAAUUGCAAGCAUAUAUCCACCGGUACUCAUUUCCGUGUAAAGAAAUUGGUUGAAAUUCGCAAUUACAUAGGGUCGUGCGCCCCCCCCGCCCCCCACCUUUUGCCUCUCGACCGUACGCACAAGAGACGAGAGCGAGCCUCACUCUUCGUUGUCCGUUCACCCUGAGGCUGCCCCAUUACCGGGAGACGCGCACAACUGUGCAGUCUUCCACUGGAGUUUGAUCUGCCGAAGGCAGUGGGAGGCGAAAGUCCGUUAACGAUGGCGUUCCUCUGGCUCUUGGGCCACAAAUUGCCUGGCCUCUUCUACCUCCCCCUUCCCCCGCUUUCAAAAUGCGCGCGGGGUUUUGGUAACAGCUUCAUCAUUUUGGCGUGGCUUUUGUCUGUUCUCGCACGGCCCUGAGAACGGGAUGGACUCGACCCUUUUAAUCCGCCCACCUCCUCGUCUGGCAUCGGAAUGAAUGGUGGUUGGGGAUUGGGGCGGUGCAGUUACAGGCCCCUGGGGUGAGCGGGGGAUGGAAUCGAGAAGGGAGUUCGACAACCAGCGAAGGAGGGGGUAGCAAUGACCACUGAGGGACAGAAGUGGCAGUUCAAUAAGGCCAGCUGAUGCCCAUUCAGAAGAGCAUGCAGCCAUUACAGUGGAAUCUGUCCAUCAAAAAAGAGAGAGGAAAUUACUCUUUAUGGAAUACAGUGGGGGUCCAGAAGGCUACAUCUAAAGUCUUACAUCUUAUGGGCUGAAAUAUAGGUUUAUGUUAGGAGUCACCACGACAGAGAGAUCAUCCUAUUACAAUCUUGGGUUCAUCCCAUUGUAACGCAAUAAUAAAGCUCUUUUUAAGAAACCUCCACACCUACAAAAUGCCAGCCGGGCGCAGUGGCAGAUGAAGUGAUGUUCCCAAUAGGACUCGGUGCUUAGACUUUAACAGAUGAAUGUCACAAUUUGCACCUGGCUCCACCCGGGACUAAUUCUUGGAGCCUCGCCUCUGUUCAACGGGAUUUACUGCAGCAGGCACAAGGGAAUAUCAAAUUCCUGACAGGCUUGAGAGGCGGCGAAUUGAUAGAAACUUAGCACACUGGCGGGAGACCUCGCGUCCAUUAUCCCCCUUCUUAUUUCUGGCCCAAUGCGUUUUUGCUGACCCACCCCCGUGUAAAAAUAUUUCUCUGUAUCCCCAGUCUAGAGCCCUGCCAAUCAAUUUGAAUCGAUGAACAUUUCGUAGGUGGAGUAUGUGUGAAGAAAUGUCCCUGAUUAUACUUUCAUCCUCCUUGGUACCAAAGACGCUUUCCAUUCGUAAAUGCCUAGUUCCCUUCAGUUUUAUUUUUCCACGCGUGUUUCUAAUAUAUGGGCAGCUGAUAUUUGAAAACUUAAAAGUGCGUCACCCAUGUUCGAAAUAACUUGCCGAUGAAGUUUUGCCAAAAUAAAAAGCAUAUGCCGUGUUAAUUGACCAGCACUGCGCAACGACAGCGGAAUAUUCCGGAAGUUUGACACUGCCUGUAGCCUCGAACUGCGUUAAAGAGGUUCCCAGUGCAGUCAAUGCACAAACUGGUCAGAUUCCACAAGUCGGCUGCCACAACUCCUAAAAACCAGGGUGAAGCGAAGAGACGGUGAUGUGACCGUCACAUAGACAUUGUUACUCUACUAGUAAUCAGAAGGAGUUCAGAUCCCGCUCUUUGAGAACUCGAACCCCAGUUUUGAAAGGAAAAUUAGGAAUCUCAAAGUCAAAAUGCUGGUCUCAGCAAAAAUGUUGUUUACUGAAAGGAAUCCACCAUUCUCCCCAGGUCUGGCCUACAUACGGCACUGAUCACGUCACAGGUAGAGUCUUACAAAGCCAGACACUGCAGAUGCCGGAAAUAUGAAAGCAAAACAGAUGCUGCCAGACCUGCUGAAUAUUUCUGCAGAGAGAGAGAGAGUAAAAUGGAAUUCACGUAUUGAAUUCAGUAUGACUCCUCUCCGGAAUGGAUCUCUGUUCUUCUCUCUUUACAGGUGCUGAGUUUCUCCAACACUGUUCCUUUAUUUCAGAUUUUCAGCAUCUGCAGGACUCUGGGCUUAUUCCAAUGUUUUGUCAGAACUGGUUGAUUCUUAGCCGCUUCCCGCUGAACUUAAAACUCUGUAUGUGUGUGUGAAGUGGUGCUAAGAGGCUGCGCAGGUUCUGUCAAACAUAUUGCUUUUGUUUUCGACAGAAGGGCGUGUGUUAGCAAGAGAAACUUACUCCAUUUGGGGAAACAAGGAGGUGUUUUUUUAUUCUUUUUUACCUCUGUCUCUCCACCCACCCCCCAUCUCCACCACAGUCCUGGUCUAAUUACUUCAGUGGUUGGGGGAGUAAAAGGUUAGUUCAGGUGGCUGGAUGGCUGGUUUGCAACGCAGGGUGAUGCCAACAGUGUGAGCUGAGGUUACCGUGUAGGUCCCACCCCCUCCCAUCAGGUCAAGCUCACCACCCGUUGUUUCUCUUCAAUGAGCCCCAAUGCCCUGUGGGACAACAGCAACUUGACCUUACUCUGUGCUGGGUCACUUGUGCCCAUGGAGGGUCUGAGUGACCAUCCACUGAUGCCGACGUUGGGUUGCCUCGGAAAUGCUGGUCCCAACCACAUGAGCUGUUCUACCUAAGCACCUGACUCCCGCACUCCUGCCGCUGACUAGCCUCAGCUUACAUUGUCCUGGUCACCAACCUUCCAAGGCCAACACAGGAAUGUUCCCUGUCCAGUUGCUUGGUACUUUACAACUGGCCAACAGCUCUUCCUUCCCCAUGCCUGGUCAUUUUGAAGCGAAAGCACUCUAAGAAUUCUUCUCUCAAAUAGGACGAUGUUUUCUCCGGAAUUGCUCUCAGGAAUGGGCUGGAGAUUUCGCCUUCAGCUCCUAGAGGCUCCGCGCUAACCUGCCUGUCCAAAAGAUGGUCAGGUGGGCGUAUUUGCCCAUCUUCAACUGUGACAGACUCUGGUUACGUUCCUGUUCCAACACGCACAAAGCAAGAACAGUUCGAUCUUUCAAUACUGCGUUGGUCCAAUGAGUUACAUUUUGGCACACAGGGCAAGUGAAAACACCAUCUCUUUUGGAAAUCCCAGCUGAAAGUUGACAAAUUCAGAGUUCGCCCCCCCCCUCCCCCCACCAACUUUGCAGUCGAAGCAAAUUUCUUUUCUUCCCUUAAAAAUCUGCCCCCAGCGUCCCGCUUCCAACCACUUGGCACGGAUCCUACGUAGCUCCUGGACUACAUGUUAACCAUUUACCUCGGGUCAUUAUAGGGACAUAGUUCGUAUUCCAGCUGAUGUCGCUGAAGUGAGUGCCUGCACUGAAAUGCAACAUUUAAUCUUUCAGGAGUACACACUGUUUCCUGUGUCAAAAAAAAUAUUUUUUUAACUAACCGCAAAGGUGCUAUGAUUAAAACCUGUGAACGUGUGCGAGCACAUUCUGUAGCUUUCUGUAACCUUGAUGUUCAGUAAACACCUCUUACAAAAUACCGAAUAAAGAUUAUAAAGCCCUCUUA